AUGGCGAAGCUACUGCUUCUUCACGCGCCUCAUGUAGUACCUAGAUUCAGCAGCAGUAGAUCACUGAUCUCCGCGUCGGCUUUAUAUAGAAGACCUCUCCUCGUGAAUCCCCAAUUAUCCUAUACCGGCCCUCGUCUUCGUUCUAGAUUCUCGGCUCGUGCCUUCGACGAUUCACCUGCUUCCUCGGCGGAAAUGGAGAAAGAGAAGCAGGAACAGCGGCGGGACGGAGUUUCUCGGGAAAGAGACGAAGACUAUCCCACCGGAGAAAUGGAUUAUGAGAAUAGGAACGCCUGGGAGAGUUUCGUUGUGAAGUUUCGGAUGCUAUUUGCUUUUCCAUGGCAGCGUGUUCGCAAGGGAAGCGUACUGACCUUGACAUUGCGCGGCCAGAUCUCUGAUCAGCUAAAGAGCCGUUUCUCUUCAGGGCUUUCCCUUCCUCAACUCUCUGAAAAUUUCGUGAAAGCUGCAUAUGAUCCUCGUAUUGCUGGAGUCUACCUUCACAUUGAGCCUUUGAGUUGUGGGUGGGGAAAGGUUGAAGAAAUUCGAAGGCAUAUACUGGAUUUUAAGAAAUCAGGUAAAUUCAUUGUUGGGUACAUCAACAUAUGUGGACUAAAGGAGUAUUAUCUUGGAUGUGCAUGCAGCGAGCUCUAUGCUCCGCCUAGUGCCUAUUCCUUUCUGUAUGGUUUAACUGUUCAAGCAUCUUUUCUUGGAGGUGUCUUCGAGAAAGUAGGGAUUGAACCUCAAGUUCAAAGAAUUGGAAAAUACAAAAGUGCAGGAGACCAGCUUGCUCGCAAAAACAUAUCCGAGGAGAAUUAUGAGAUGCUGAGCGUGCUGCUUGAUAACAUUUACGCAAAUUGGCUGGAUGGUGUUUCUGUUUCAACAGGGAAAAAGCGAGAAGAUGUUGAAAGUUUCAUCAAUCAGGGAGUUUACGAAAUUGAAAAGCUUAAGGAAGAGGGUCUGAUUAAGGAUAUUCGGUAUGAUGAUGAGGUUAUAUCGAUGCUGAAAGAGAGACUUGGAGUUGAAAAGGACAAAAAGCUUCCUACUGUUGAUUACAAGAAAUACUCAGGUGUUAAGAAAUGGACUCUUGGUCUUACCGGUGGUCGGGACCAAAUAGCUAUUAUUAGAGCAGGAGGAAGCAUUUCUCGGGUUAAGGGUCCGCUAAGCACUCCUGGUUCAUCUAUUAUAGCAGAACAACUAAUUGAGAAGAUCCGUAGUGUAAGAGAGUCCAAAAAGUAUAAGGCGGCCAUCAUCCGAAUUGACAGUCCAGGAGGUGAUGCUCUCGCUUCUGAUUUAAUGUGGAGGGAGAUCAAACUACUGGCUGAAACAAAACCCGUCAUCGCAUCAAUGUCGGAUGUGGCAGCAAGCGGAGGCUACUACAUGGCAAUGGCUGCAAACACCAUUGUUGCUGAAAGUUUGACAUUAACUGGCUCAAUUGGAGUUGUCACAGCAAGAUUUACCUUGGCCAAACUAUAUGAAAAGAUUGGGUUCAACAAGGAAACUAUAUCUAGAGGAAAAUACGCUGAGCUUCUCGGAGCUGAGGAAAGAUCUUUUAAGCCAGAGGAAGCAGAACUGUUUGAAAAGUCUGCACAGCAUGCGUAUCAGUCUUUCCGAGAUAAAGCAGCCUUAUCAAGAUCAAUGCCUAUCGACAAGAUGGAAGAAGUAGCACAAGGCAGAGUCUGGACCGGUAAGGAUGCUCAUUCUCGUGGUCUAGUCGAUGCUCUUGGCGGGCUUUCCCGAGCUAUAGCCAUCGCUAAGCAGAAAGCUAACAUUCCUCUUCACAACAAGGUAACACUUGUCGAGAUCUCGAGACCGUCUACGUCACUACCAGAUAUCUUAAGCGGUAUAGGAAGCUCGGUGAUUGGAGUGGACAGAACAUUGAAAAGACUUCUCGAUGAAUUAACAGUCACCGAAGGAGUUCAAGCUCGAAUGGACGGGAUCAUGUUUCAGCAGCUUGGCCGUGAUUCUUUAGCAAAUCCCAUCAUUGAUUUGCUUAAAGAUUAUCUCAGCUCUCUCCGAUGA